AUGGAUCAUAUGGUGGAAACAAAGACGGAGCAUGCGGUUGAGACCAUGACAGAGAAGAUAGCGGAGACCUUACAUGUCACUGAGUAGGUUUUCUAUGGAUUUGGGGUGACGAGGACACGGGGCUUAUAUUUGUCAGGACAUUACCAUUUACUUCGAUUUCGUUAGCAACAGAAACGGUUCAUGUUACGGACUUGAAAACAGAGGUGGUGCAUCUCACUGAGUACGUAUCUUCGGCGCUGCAGAUCCGGACAGACGCUGAUUUAAAUAGAACACUAGCGAUAACGCACACACAGCCAGUAACAGAGACACAGGUUCAGCAUGUCACUGUAGUUCAUACUGUAGGCAAAGCCAAAAAUCGCCAACCCGAUGUCUGUACUAACUAGCUAUAGCUUACAGAAUCGCUACCGCCGAUCCAUGUAACAGUGACGAACUUACAAACGCUUUUUGAAACCAUCCCUACGACAGUGGUACAUCUUUCAACCGAGGUCCUAGUAGUAAGUCCACCGUACAGUACAUCACUCGCAGCUCAUACAGGACUAAAAUUUCCGCAGCACACCGCCGUGGUAACCAGUAUCGAGCCAACGACAAUAGUCCAUACGCUGCCACCGGUGAUCCACACUGUGGAAAAGCUCAUCACUUCAAUCCAAACGGAUCUGGAGACCUCCAUUGUCGAACUAACCAAGACUGACGUCUCCAUAUCGAAAGACAUCCAAACGAAGACCGAGGUCCAAGUAUCCCAGGUGGUGUCAACAGAAGUCCUAGUAAGCCAUGUUAUCCAGACGAUGGUUGAGACGCAAGUACAGGUAUCUGAGAAGACGGCAACCGCGACUAUUCACAACGUUGUCACCGAGGUUAAGGAGAGUGUGGCUACAGCGACGAUUCACAACGUUGUCACCGAGGUUAAAGAGAGUGUGGCUACAGCGACUGUACACAAUGUCGUCACACAGACUGAAGAGAGUAUAGCAACAGCGACGCUCAAGGAGGUUCAGACGCUCAAGGAGGUUCAGACUCAGACAGAGGUUGUUGAGAGCGUUGCUACUGCGACGCAGGUGAUUCACAGUAUCGCAACUUCGGUGAUCAAUAAUGUUGUCACUGAAGUCAAGGAGAGCAUUGCAACCGUCAAGGAAGUGCAGACACAGACGGACGUUAUUCACAGUAUCGCUACAGCAACCCAGGUUAUCUCGAGUUUGGCAACGGAAACCGUAAAAGCGGUGGAAACACUACUUGAGCCACAUUUUCCAGACGGAGACAGUCAAAAAUGUCGAAACCCAGACCAUGAAGGAACUUCAGACCCAGACGGAGGUAUUGCACAGUAUCUUGACGGAGGUUGUUUCGAGCAUAGCCACCGCGACCGUCAAUAACAUUCAGACAGUCAAGGAUGUGUCGACCCAGACGGUUGAAAGCAUCGCAACUUCGGUUGUCCACAAUUUUGUUACCGAGGUCAAAGAGAGCGUGGCGACUGUCAAGGAGGUUCAGACACAGACGGAGGUUGUCCACAGCAUCGCAACAGCAACCCAAGUUGUCUCGAGUUUGGCAACGGAAACCGUAAAAGCGGUGGAAACACUCCUGAGCCACAUUGUCCAGACGCAAACUGUUAAUAACUUCCAAACAGAGACUGUCAACAAUGUUCACACCCAGAUCGUCAAUAGCGUUCAGACUCAAACCAUCAAUAACGUUCAGACAGAGACCAUCAACAAUGUUCACACUCAGGUCGUCAAUAGCGUUCAGACUCAAACCGUCGAUAACGUCCAGACAGAGACCGUCAAUAAUGUUCACACUCAGGUCGUCAAUAGCAUUCAGACUCAAACCGUCAACAACAUUCAGACAGAGGUAGUGAAAAGCGUCGAAACUCAACUUAUCCACCAGACAAUCGAUAGGGUGAUCACCGAAUCAGUAAAGGAUAUCCAAACUCAAACACUUCACGCUAUCCAGACCCAAACCGUGGCCAGCGUAGCUACCGUAAUCCCUCCUAGAUCCGUCAUAAAUAAUCACUCGUUAACAAAAUCUCAGGAAACCCUCCUCUCCCAUAUCAUCCAAACCGAAACCAGCACGCAGAAAUUGGCCGGUGUGCCCAUGCUCCCAUCCUCCUCGCCGGCAGCGGUCCACACCUCACCGCUGACAGGGAUCGUCACGGCGACAGCCACGGCCCCCUACAAGAACAUAACUGCCGUAGCAACGCACAUAGUAACAGUCGGUGGCACCGCCGGCCUCGUCUACACCCCAUCUCAAAUCUCCGCGGCGGUCGGCGACCUGGUACACUUCGUCUUCAUGUCGAAUAACCACUCGGUAACCCAAUCCACCUUCGCCGCACCCUGCAACCGCCUGGCGACGGGAAUGGACAGUGACCUGACGCCGAACCCGAACAACACCGUCGUCCCACCGCCGUUCUGGGAGUACACAGUAACAACCUCCGAGCCGACGUGGUGGUACUGCAAACAGCGCAUGGGGAACCACUGCGGUAAUGGAAUGGUCUUCGCCAUCAAUCCCACCGCCGACAAGAGUUUCGAAAUGUUCUUGGACACGGCCAUUCGGACCAACGGCACCGUCUCCUCUUCUUCUCCCGCCGCGGCGAGGACGGGAACUGCGACUGCCGCGGCUACCGCCCCCCCAUCCCCAGUAGCGGGCGCCGGGAGUGAGGAUUGUAAAUGCCAAUGCUUCUGCCCCACCGCGGCUUACCACGGAACAACCACGCAACCGAGCUCUCAGUCACGUCAGCCCACAACGAUGCAAAUCGUAACCACCCCGCUCGCAGCCGCGAAUGGUACUGCCCUCCCCUCGGCGAUACUCCCCCCUUCCUCACCUCUGUCGUCAAAGCCCACCGCACUCACCCUAGACACCAGCUCCGCCCCCUCAUCAGCGUCGGGAUCUGCCCCGCCACCACCAGCGACAACGAGCAAACCCACAGCUCUCGCCGCCGAAACACCAGCGACUACCACUCCCCCUAGCGGUGGCGGGUACGCUAGUUCGCUGGUCCUGGGACUCAAUACCAGGAGCACCAGCUACUCGCAGGUCAGUGUGGACUUUAAUACUUACUCCCUUGGGGAGUUGAAGAGUGUCUUGAGCCUUUCGAUUGCGCCGACGCCCACACCUUAG